GGUCAAAAGUCAACAUUCGUCAUCCAGUUAUUUCCUCAUUGACUGUUUUCCCUCCCACAAGAUCAGCAAUGUUAUAAAAAGAAGUCACCUACCUGCAGCACCUUCUCUUUUGAGGCAGGAACUACGGAAAACAGUCAAGAUGAAAAUUCAUGAAUUUUCACUCAAGGAAGGACAGGAGCUCAAGAUCCGGGUCAAGCCCAACGAUGACUCCGCUAGAUUUGCUAUCAACAUCGGCCUUGAUGCUGACAACAUCGCGUUACACUUCAACCCACGCUUUGACUCUGGAUCAGACGUCAACACCAUUGUCUGCAACUCCAAGUCUGGGGGAAGCUGGGGUGAAGAGCAGAGGGAUGGACACUUCCCCUUUGUGCGAGGAGAGGAAUCAAAGUUUUACAUCAACUUCACCAUGGAUCAGUUUUACAUCAAACUUCCUGAUGGGAGGAUGAUGGACUUUCCCAACCGCCUGGGAGAGGUCAAGUACGACUACUUUGAAGUCAAGGGGGAUGCGGUUUUCCAUGGAGUCAAGAUCAAGUAGAGGCUGAGCCCCUCCUUAACCCUGGCCUAAAGCUUGUUCUGUCCAUUGCUGAAAUAGUUUUACAUUAAUGUGCACUUGGCUGAAAGCACAGAUUUUUGCUACCCUGAAAACAAAAUUAAAAAAACAUCACUGGAGAUGUAAACUGUCCUCGGAUGUGCUAAGAGAUGAUGCCUGAUGGUGAAGCUACAGCAUAUUUCACUUGUUCAUUUGGUGUCUGAGUAAUAAAAGCUAGAAAACAAAA